GUCUUCCUCCUCUCUUCUAUCGCGCUUCUUCCUCAUUUCUGAAGCUAAGCUGAUAAGUCUGGUCUUAUUAAGAAACAGGCAAGAAUGGCUGCGUCGUGCACCACUCACUCUUCUCUCAUGAUAACAUACUCCGCAACGUCCAUUCGUUCUCAAGACCUAACGAUUCCGUCUCUUGUCUCCUUCGCGAAACUCAGACCCAACAACGUCCCACUCUAUCCCCCUCUUCUUCUUCUUCGACCUUUACGACCCGUCGUUGUCUCCGCCGUCACUACCGCAGAGGCUGAUGUUGAGGAGGAGAAUGAAACCGCCGCCGCCGCCACAGCCACCGCCGUCAUCGAUCCCCCAAAGGCCAAGAAAGGAAAAGCCGCUUUGCUCCUCAAGAGAGAUAGAACAAGGUCGAAGAGGUUUUUGGAAAUACAAAAGCUAAGGGAAACGAAAAAGGAGUACGACGUCAAGACUGCAAUCUCUUUGCUCAAACAAACCGCAAACACCAAGUUUGUGGAGUCGGUGGAAGCCCAUUUCCGUCUCAACAUCGAUCCAAAGUACAAUGAUCAGCAGCUCCGAGCAACCGUCAGCCUUCCUAAAGGCACUGGCCUCACUGUUAAAGUCGCUGUUCUUGCGCAAGGUGAGAAGGUCGACGAGGCUAAAAACGCGGGUGCUGAUAUUGUCGGCAGUGAUGAUUUGAUCGAACAGAUUAAAGGAGGGUUUAUGGAGUUUGAUAAGUUGAUUGCUUCUCCCGAUAUGAUGGUUAAGGUUGCUGGUUUGGGCAAGAUUCUUGGCCCAAGGGGACUCAUGCCUAAUCCCAAGGCUGGUACUGUCACUGCUAACAUUCCACAGGCUAUAGAAGAGUUCAAGAAGGGGAAAGUGGAAUUUAGAGCUGAUAAAACUGGGAUUGUUCACAUUCCCUUUGGGAAAGUUAAUUUUACUGAGGAAGACCUUCUCAUUAACUUCCUUGCAGCAGUGAAAUCGGUGGAAACAAACAAGCCAAAGGGAGCCAAAGGAGUGUACUGGAAGAGCGCACACAUUUGCUCGUCAAUGGGGCCAUCCAUCAAGUUAAACAUAAGGGAGAUGAUUGACUUCAAGCCUCCAGCUUCCAACUAACCAACCAUUGAACGAAGGUCCCUUUUGGGAACACCCAUCUUAUCCUUGCACUUGUAUCACACCUAACUCUGAUGAGAGACCCAUUUUGCUGUUUUGUGGUGUUAUUUUAUUGAUUAUCUCUCUUAAAAAUUGCAAGUCUCUGAGCAGAGUUCUCACUCUCGUGUGUAAGAAUGAGUAGUGGCUUCUUAUUGGCUGAUGCUAGAAUACGCUGUUGCUUAUGUACUACUAAAUCUCUGCUGGAACGUAUGCAGUAGAGAACCCAGAUAUGCUCAUGCUAAAUGAGUGUACAGAACAAGAAGAAUGUUAUAAAACAAUACUGGAAAAUGCUAGGUUUCAG